AUGGGAGAGGAGCUUGUAAAGCAAGAAAUUGUCUCAGCCUAUCUGAAGUUGGUGGAAGAGGAUGGUGCUGGCACCUGGCCACCGAAAACAGAUUACGUGUCGUGGCCUCGUGCCCUUCGCGGGUAUAAGGAAAUCUACCUUGAGCUCAGCCCUCUUCUCGCUACAGCUGAGCCCUCCCUUGAUGAUGACACCAAUCAAGGGAGACGAAUACAGUACCGCUCACUCAUGCGAAAGCUACUGUCUGACCGUAUUAGCAUCCCGAAAGUGGGAGCUAUCAUGGAGGUCGCAGAGACGGGGAAUUUUGAUUUAUUCCCCAGAGACGCGUACAAUGGCUUUUAUUGCUGCGUGGCUGUAUUGAGGCAUGCUUACAGGUGGGCAACCAUACCUGUCGUCAAGGUAGCUCAGGAGGAGUUGGUCGUAGACCUACCCCCUGAACUAGAAAUCCCGUGGCCAUACCUACAACGCCAUUUCGGCGUCGACGCCGAUAGUGGCAACAACACCGCAAACGUCCUUAUGAAUUUUACCGCGAGCGGAGAGCGUGUCUUUAAAAUUAACGUCGGCUUGAAUGAGACGGUAACCCGAUCUGAGGAUAUAUUUUUCCAUGUUUUCUACGAAGUGGAAGUCAAGGCAGUGCCAAUAUACGACGCCAUGGUGCGAGCUAUUGUGGCAUUUGAUCAGGGAGACAAAAUGGCUUGCUUAGAGUUCAUGAGGCUACUCGGGCGACAUCAACGAAAACUCAUGAAAAGCUUUUACGAGAACAUACACGACCAUCUAGUCUCGCGUUCAGUAUGGCUUAGCCAUGUCCAAGGCUUCCAGGGCUGGGGUGCCGGCAGACUCAUAGAUGGCGAGUUUGUCAAGUACGAUGGUUUAUCUGGAAAUCACGUCCUCGUGUUUCAGGCGAUUGAUGCAUUUCUCGGCCUCGACCGUUAUCUCACGGAAGAAGCCAUGAAGCGUUACAUUCCCAUCAACCAGCGCAACUUCUGUGACACUUUGAAGAAGCAUUCGUUUCGUUCAGAGCUUCGAGACACGCCUGUGGAUCUCAGCUUGAAUCAGGAGUUUAUAAAUAUCGUGAAUCAAAUGCGUGUCUUUAGAGCUGCUCAUCGAACGAGAGUCAUGCCUUAUCUCGAGCAGCCAGCCCCUGAAAGACUUGUUAUGACAGCUGGGAAAUCUGUACUGGAGACAAAUGGGCAGGAACAAGAAAUCAAGGAGGUUUUAAAGCCUUUGGACGAUAUGAUGGUCGGGAGACUUCGUGAGACUGUGUAG